UUUGGCUCAUAGCUGAGCUCAUCAGCUCGCUCAAAGCUGCGCGCCGCGCAGCUUUUGUCGGAGGCCAAUGUUGCAGGGCGGCCUCGUGCGAAGGGCCGGUGCAGCCUGGCGCCUGCAGACUAAAGCAGCGGCCAGCCUGCCGAAGGAUGGGCUCACCCUGGCAGACUUCAUGCCAGGUGCGGCUCCUGCGGCUCUUACGGGCUCUUCCGCGAGAAGACCACAGCCGAUGCGGAAGCCCCCGUGGCUGAAGAUGACGAAUCCGAAUUUGACCCCGGAGGGCGCCGAGCGGUACAAGGAGGUUAGAGCCACCAUCAAGGAGACCGGCCUUGCUACUGUCUGCCAAGAGGCGCGAUGUCCCAAUGCCGGGGAGUGCUGGUCAGCUGGCACCGCCACAGUGAUGAUCAUGGGCGACACCUGCACGCGUGGCUGCAGGUUUUGCUCAGUCGCCACCUCGCGCACCCCGCCGCCCCCGGAUGUGGACGAGCCGCGCAAGGUGGCUGAAGCCGUGACUCGCUGGGGAGUGGACUACAUUGUGCUCACCAUGGUGGACCGCGAUGACCUGGCGGACCAGGGCGCCGCACAUGUGGCCUCCACGGUUCGGGAGUUGAAGCAGAGGCAGCCAGAUCUCAAGGUGGAGACGUUGAUUGGUGACUUCCAGGGUCGCAAGGAGCUGAUCCGAGAGGUGCUCGAGAGCGGCAUGGAUGUCUUCGCCCACAACGUGGAGACCGUGGAAAGGUUGACGCCCACUGUCCGCGAUCGCCGAGCUGGGUAUGCUCAAACCAUGGAGGUUCUGCGGUAUGCCAAGCAGGCGCGCCCGGACGUGGUGACGAAGUCUUCCAUCAUGCUGGGCUUGGGCGAGACGGACGAGGAGGUCCAUCAGACUCUGCGGGACCUGAGCGCCGCUGGGGUGGAGAUGGUCACCUUUGGACAGUAUUUGCAGCCCACCAAGCGGCACAUGAAGGUGACCCGCUUCGUGCCACCGGAGGAGUUCGACCAGUGGCGCGUGGCUGGAGAGGCCCUGGGGCUGCAUGUGGCGUCCGGUCCAAUGGUCAGGUCUUCCUACCGCGCCGGAGACUUCUACAAGAGCAUCUACAAGGAUCGCAUGGCCAAAGCAGAUCGAGGCCCCAUCGAAGUGCGUCCCGGGUCAGUGCAGCCGGCACUGUGAGAUGUGAAGGGAGAUUAGCGGUAGAUCUUCAUGGCCCGUGGCGCCAUCAAUACUUUUGCGUCCGGUCCUGUUCAGCUGGAAGCAAUGCACUACACCAAGUCCUGCAACCAGCAGAACUUGUUCCUCCAGAUUCUUGGGAACCCCUGGGCAGAAUGCUGCAUUUCAACCAGCCAGAUUUGGGUGACAGACGCUUCAGCGUCAGUUGAUGAGGGGAUGCGAUUGGUUCAGCGGCAACCUGUAAAGCAGGUGGCCCCUCGUUUUCCACGGCACUUGCCCGGCAUGUGCCCCUCGCUGACCAGACAGGCCUCAGCAUGGACCGUCACAAAGCUCAC